AUGCAAGUGCUCACUAAAGAAACAACUCGUAAAGAAAAAUAUCCGUCCGAUCAGAUCAAACCAUACAGUUCUGCCUUGAAGCCAUCAGACGAGACACAACAGAAUGAUCCUAGUGAUGGAGCCUCGGUCACUAGCAAGACAGUGAUUGAAAUUCCUCAAACAAAGCCACUUCAGUUUGAGCUGAGGACUUAUCCUCAAGCAUGGAUUGCGUUGUUUUUGUUGGUAUUACUGAGAACAGCUGUCUCGGUCUUUCAGUUUACCUUCAGUGUGGUUCCAGGCAUUACUAGCGAAUAUUUCAGUGUUUCCCUUUCAGCUGUAAAUUGGUUAGCUAACAUUCAAUGCAUCAUAUACGUCAUCAUGAGCUUCUUCACUGGCUUUAUCUUUGAAAAGCUAGGUGUGAAGCGAUCUAUCAUGGCAUCUGGAUUUCUCUGUGCACUAGGUUGUGCUAUCCGUAGUAUAUCUGCCAAAACAAAUCCACCGUCGUAUGCUCUAGCUAUGGUGGGACAAAUUAUCGGUGGAGCAUCUGCACCCAUGGCUUUGAAUGUCAUGACAAUGUUUACAUCUACUUGGUUUACUGAAAAUUUACGUGCAACAGCUGGCAUGUUUGUAGCCUCAAAUUAUGGUGCCAUUCUAGUGAUGUUUGUAAUUCCAGCCAUUACGUUGGAUGCAACUUACAUCCCCAUGGUGUUGAAUUUGGUGUCUGGCUUUGCAUUGAUAGUAUUCUUGCCAUUACUAUUCAUGCCUGAAAAGCCUCCUAGUCCUCCUAUGCGAAUUCAAGAAAUGGAUCGACCCUCAUUUUUUGAUGGUUUAAGAUUGCUAUUUAAAAACCUGAACUUUUGGAUUCUGUUUUUAAUUCAAGGAUUUAACGUUGGUUUAAGUAUUGCCUUUUGUACUUUGUUUGCUCAGAUUGUUGGGCCUCAUGGAUACUCCAAUGCUGAAGCGGGACAGUUAAAUGCUAUUGCCUUUUUUGCUGGUACAUUGGGUUGCUCUAUUUCCGGGCCAGUGUUGGAUUAUACAAAACAGCACAAGCUUUUUCUUAAGCUCAUUGCGCCAAUGGUGGUUAUCUCGGACAUUGCUUUCAUAUUUAUGGUUCGUAAAGAUUCAUACGCAUCUGUUUUGUUUGUCUUGACUAUGAACCAGUUCUUUUUAUCGUUCCUAGUUCCUGUGGUAAUCGAACUUGGUGCAGAAACAUCCUACCCCGUAGCCGAAGCGACUACCAACUCCAUCUUAUGGCAAGGAGCACAGCUAUUUGGGUUUAUAUUUGUGUUGGUAAUGGAUGCAACGCGUAGUGCUGAUACCUCAGUCCCAGCAAAUCAUAUGACGAACGCACUUAUAUUCCAGGCUAUUAUAGCUGGUGUGAUGGCGAUAUUGGCGUUUUUGUUUCAUGGAAAGAUGGCACGAUCUGAAGCCGCGGCAUGGGAACAGCAAACGCUGGAGAAGUUGAAUGCGAUUUCGGAUAAAGAUGUGAAGAUGAAUUCUCAUUUGACGACCAGUUUAUAUCCAUUGUCCUCCGUAUUAGGUGUUACCCUGUCCGACCCCCCUACUAUAGCAGGAGAUAAUGAACACGGUAUUGUCCUCAAGAAGGAGAAAAAUCGACGAAACAGCCUGCCUCAAACGACAGCCUAA